AUAUAUAUAUAUAUAUAUGUGUGUGUGGAAUGGAAAUAUAAAGCCCCUUCUGAUCAACGCUGUGCUUUCUAUAAAGGUUUAACAGGCUUCAAUCAAUUAUUAUGGCGUUUCACAUGACUUAUACAAUAUAUGCAGUGAGUGUUUACAUAAUGGAAAACUCCAGAAUAUGGUAAAAAGGAAGAGAAUAAAACACACAAAAAAAACAUUUAUAUAUUUUUCGCAAUGGUGAUCAUCCAUGUUGAACAUGGCUCUAAGUAGCUUUGUCACGCUGUCACACUAGAUAACAUUACAUGAUCUGUUGAAAUAGAAGCAAAGCUGUGAAGAUGAAAGGGAAAGACAAAGAAGUCGUCUCCACUACUUCGAGCUCGUCAAAGAGUUCAGAAAAGAGGAAGAGUUCUGCUCGUUUCUCUCUCAGGCGGAUAUUUUACUCGCACCACCGGCGCUCCAAAUCGCAGGCCAGCAUCGAUUUGGACAGCCGCUCCGAGAGCAGCAUAACGAAUACCAACCUCAUUGACAACAAAUACAGCAGAACCGGGCAUUCGUCGUCCUCUUCAUCUUCAGAUUCCUUGCCCGUGUCGUCGUCGUAUCCCCAACAGAAUGUCUACUUAUCAGAGACCUCAACGCAGCCAGCAACACACCUACUCCAGGACACACUCCAACAGCAACAAGAAGAACAACAACAAAAUCAACAACAACAACUACAACAACAAAAUCAACCACAACAACAAAAUCAACCACAACAACAAAAUCAACCACAACAACAAAAUCAACAACAGCAACAAAAUCAACAACAGCAGCAGCAGCAACAACAGCAGCAACAACAAUCGCAGCAAUCGAGUGCCCCCGAAAGAGAAUGUCCGCUAUGUCUAUCCGAAUAUCCUGAAGAGCUCUACCCUAAUAUCAGCACCUGUUUUCACCGCUCGUGUAUUGACUGCCUUAAACAAUAUCUCCGGAUUGAGAUUAUGGAAAGUCGGGUGAACAUCGCCUGCCCCGAGUGUGCAGAACGUUUCCACCCGAAUGACAUAAAAAUGAUACUUAAGGACCCAGUCCUCAUACAGAAGUAUGAAGACUUUAUGGUCCGGCGGGUACUGGUUUCAAACCCUGAUGCAAGAUGGUGCCCCGCUCCAAAUUGUGGCUAUGCUGUGAUAGCAACUGGUUGUGCCAGUUGUCCAAAACUGAAAUGUGAGCGACCAGAGUGCGUGACAGAUUUUUGUUACCAUUGUAAACAGAUCUGGCACCCUAACCAAACGUGUGAUGCCGCCAGAGCGGAGCGGUCGCCCAACAUCCAAGCCCUCUCUCUCAACUACAGUCAUGAGACUGGUUCACAGAGGGACGACAUCAAGCCAUGUCCACGAUGCACAGCCUUCAUCACCAAGAUGAACGAUGGUUCCUGCAACCACAUGAAGUGCACAGUGUGUGGCACCGAAUUCUGUUGGCUUUGUAUGAAAGAGAUUUCAGACCUUCAUUAUUUAAGCCCAUCUGGCUGUACGUUUUGGGGUAAGAAACCAUGGAGUCGAAAGAAGAAGAUUCUCUGGCAGUUGGGGACACUAAUAGGUGCUCCUGUUGGGAUAACGCUAUUUGCGGGAAUUGCUGUCCCUGCGCUAAUCAUUGGAAUACCCGUAUGGGUAGGAAGGCGGUUGCUUUCCAAAUAUGAGCAUUCCCCGAAACACAGAAGAAAUGUUACAAUUGCUGCUGGAGUCGCUGCCUCAGUUCUGUUUUCACCUGUAAUUGCCAGUUUAGCUGUAGGUAUUGGAGUCCCUAUCUUACUAGCUUACGUCUAUGGUGUCGUACCAAUUUCGCUGUGUCGCAGUGGUGGCUGUGGAGUUACUACAACUAACACUGGUGUCCGAUUUGAAUUUGAUGAAAAUGAAGUCACUGGCGGUUCAAACGGUCCUUAUGCCACUGAUAACACAACUGCCGAAAAUAUCAGUCAUGUCGCCAAUCCCAGCAUUGCUCCAAGCAUUGGAGAGGCUUCAGUUGCAAUGACCAAUAGUCUAAGUGCCAGUGGUAGUCAUAUUGACCGAAUGGGCAUUUUACGAGACGAAUGUGACCGGGAUUCAGCUAGUCACAGAGCCACAACAGAAUCCAGCCUCAAUGGGAGCCUCAUAGAAGGGGGUGGCUAUCACACAAAACUUGAGGUACAAGCAGAUGUUUUUAUUAACCCCACUGUACGUGAAAGAACCAGCCUAAGCAGUGAAUCAGCAAACUUCAGCAUCGGUGAAAAGUCAGCCACAGUCUCAUAUGGAGAUGAUGCCAGCACCAAAACUUUGGCAGGAUCCAUUGCAGGUUACAGAGACAAAGACAGCAUAUCAGCGACAUCACCCUCAUUGGAAGCCCAAGCUGAGACAGUGUCCACUAGGUGGCGCAACAACAGUGGCAGCAGCAUUGGCGCUGAAAUCAAAUGCAACCAGGUGGCCUCACCAAUCCAAUGGUCCCCAGUAUCAGGACGUAGUGGCAGUUUUUCUGGGGACGAUGUGAAAUGCGGCUACAUGAAGCAUCGAAAAGCAAUGAGGUUGAGCAUUGACGAGAAAAUCCACGAACAUCUGGACAGUCGUAGCACCGACCUGGACAAACCAAGCACUGAAAGUGUUUGUGGUGUUGGCGGCAGUGGUGGUGUUGGAGGUAGCAGUGAUGGUAAUGUUGUUGGUGUUGGCGGUGGUGCUGAGCUGAAGAAGUGUAAUCGGUCACAGGAGCAUGCAAUGAGCCUGCCACUCGUGAAUGCCCAGUGCAAAGGGUCAUCAAAUGAGAACAUGAAUUGCUGUUCGUCUGUCACCGGCAAGAGCUUGCCAGGACUGACGGAAGUCGAGAACGGGGUCGGCGUCGUUGGGGGUAACGGCUGCUAUGGUGGUGUUGGAGUGCAGCACCCACUCUACUCGCUGGCCGCUGCCAAGCCUCUAUCCCUGAUGAAUGCCCGCAGUAACCUGAACAGCUGCUGUGCAAUGUCUGACGGGUCAGAGGUGUCCGUCCUCCUUGACGGGCGUCUCGUCGUCCCUGUCAGUGGAGCCUCUACCAGCCGGAGCGGCAGUCGUCCGGCCGGAUCCAGCGGCACCACUUCUCCUCCCCCUACUACUACUACUACUCCUCCUCCCACUGCUACUCCCACUGCUGCAGCCGCUGAACAGGACUUUGACGGGCCUUCCCGUUGCCUGCGCAGACGCAGCUGUGAACUGGCCCUCGAGCACGGACGGCUUUCUCCGAAGCUAGAAUGACUGGUUGCAGUAACUGGUGACAUGUGGAGAAAUGAGGCUCUACUGGUGCACUUACAAACAUGUCUACAUACAUACCUACAUAUAAAAAAAAA